GAAUACAUGGUUAAGAUAAAUUUGCAAUCAGCGUGUUUGAACGAAAUACGAGUGUGGCGCGCUAGGACCAGAGGAAGUCUUUUUUUUUCUCUCUGGUGAAUUUCUCCAGCGGGGGUGGGGGUUAAUUGAGUUACCGUUAGAGUUGGAGGUGGCGCUGUAGCCAUCUUAAGGCAAAGAUGAUUUGAGUGAGGAACAGCGCUCACUUGCAUUUACACAGGAACACACAAGACCUACAUAGAUGUAUGUCAUAGACAAGGGCUGCAGACUACAGCUGCACCAGGGGUAACACAGCAGUUCACAAUUCAACGGAGUACGUCCAAAACCAAAGGCAUUGACUACCGCUUAAUCCAAUUAUUUCUCUCUUCACCUGGUUUAAUCAUCAAAAAGCCCGGCUAAUUUGCGAUAGGAAGGUUCACAGCCGAGAGCGGACACCGUGCUUGCGGUAGGAUGGGCGAGUUAGUUAAGCGGGGAUAGACCUGUGUCUAUAGAUCCACGCUUUAUUUGACCGCUCUGAAAUUAACAAGGGAAGUCAGUGUGAGCACUUGGAGUGAGAUUUCAUUUAAUUUUUUGCUUUAAAAAAAAAACAAAACAAAAAAUAUGGGUCGAACAACGAAUUGGUGGCGGGAUCUUCUCUUCGCUGUGGUGGUGUUUCUCGGGGUUGGAAUCCCCCUUUGCAGAACCUUGACGUACACGAACCACUGGGCAGUGAGGAUAAACGGUGGCUCCGAAGAAGCCAAUGCGAUAGCAAGUAAAUACGGAUACAGAAACUUGGGACAGAUUGGGUCCUUGAGAGACUACUACCACUUCUACCACAGUAGGACAAUGAAGAGAUCAACAGUUUCUAGCAGAGGAACACACAACUUCAUCUCAAUGGAGCCAAAGGUGGAAUGGAUACAGCAACAGAUAGUAAAAAAGAGGAUAAAGAGAGAUUUUAAAGCUGGUGCUUCCCAGUAUCCUUACUUCAAUGAUCCUAAAUGGCCAAGCAUGUGGUAUAUACAUUGUAACGAUGAUACUCACCAUUGCCAGUCAGACAUGAACAUAGUAGGAGCCUGGCGAAGAGGAUACACUGGCCGAAAUGUGGUGAUUACCAUUCUGGAUGAUGGGAUUGAGAGAAAUCACCCUGACCUCCAGCAGAAUUAUGAUCAAAUGGCCAGCUUUGAUGUCAAUGGAAAUGACUGGGAUCCCAUGCCUCGAUAUGAUAUCAGCAACGAGAAUAAGCAUGGAACCCGGUGUGCAGGAGAGGUCGCAGCUGUUGCAAAUAAUUCACACUGCACAAUAGGAGUCGCUUUCAAUGCGAAGAUUGGAGGAGUUCGCAUGUUGGAUGGGGACGUGACGGAUAUGGUGGAAGCAAAGUCACUCAGCCUGAAUCCGCAGCACAUUGACAUCUACAGCGCCAGCUGGGGACCAGAUGAUGAUGGAAAGACCGUGGAUGGGCCGGCAUCCCUCGCCAUACGGGCCUUUGAGAAUGGCAUCCAACAGGGUCGUCGAGGUUUGGGUUCCAUCUACGUGUGGGCAUCUGGUAAUGGAGGCCGAAGCAGAGAUCACUGCUCUUGUGACGGCUACACAAACAGCAUCUACACCAUUUCUAUCAGUAGUACGGCGGAGAGUGGAAAGAAGCCUUGGUACUUGGAGGAAUGCUCAUCGACUCUUGCAACAACCUACAGCAGUGGAGAAUCUUAUGACAGGAAAAUUAUCACCACUGACCUCAGGCAGCGAUGUACGGAUAGCCACACAGGAACCUCUGCCUCAGCACCGAUGGCUGCAGGAAUCAUCGCGCUGGCACUGGAAGCAAACUCCAACCUAAAUUGGAGAGAUGUGCAACACAUUAUUGUCAAGACAUCACGCUCUGGCCAUCUGAAUGCUCCAGAUUGGAAGACCAAUGGUGCAGGGUAUAGAGUGAGUCACCUUUAUGGAUUUGGAUUAAUGGAUGCGGAGGCAAUGGUGGAAAAAGCACUGCAUUGGAAAACAGUUCCAGCACAGCACAUCUGUAUCGAGAAUCCAGACAGGCAAAGCAGAACUAUUCGGCCUGAACAUGCUGUGAGGGCCGUCUACAAAGCCACUGGCUGUUCUGAUAACGCAAACCACUAUGUGAAUUACCUGGAGCACAUUAUUGUCCGAGUUACCAUUGCUCACCCACGCCGAGGUGACUUGUCGAUAUAUUUGACCUCUCCGUCGGGAACGAAGUCCCAGCUGUUAUCCAACAGGUUGUUCGAUCAUUCCAUGGAAGGUUUCAAGAGUUGGGAAUUCAUGACUACUCAUUGUUGGGGUGAAAAGGCGGCAGGUGACUGGUUACUUGAAAUCCACGACAAUCCUUCCCAGCUACGAAACUUCAAAACACCAGGAAAACUGAAGGAAUGGUCUCUUGUACUUCAUGGUACAUCUACACAUCCAUAUGCAUGUCAGCCAAAACCACGAUCCAGCCCAGAUGAGGUCUCAGAGGAUUACACAGAUGAGCAGGCUGACAAAAGUGAGAUCAAGCACCAAAACUUUCAUUGUUUAGGACCCUGUGACAUUGAAUGUCAAAAUGGCUGUGAAGGACCUGGACCUCAUCAAUGCAUUGAUUGUUUGCAUUACUUCCUCAAGUUUAAAAAUAACACCAGAACUUGCGUUCCUCAAUGUCCAAGAGGAUUCUUUGGUGAUGAGAAGAAACGCUGUAAAAAAUGCUGGUCCAUCUGUGAGUCAUGCAUAGGGAGCCGCAGUGACCAGUGCACUUCCUGCAAAAAUGGCUACCACUUGAGUGAAGAGACAAAUUCCUGUAUUCCAAACUGCUUAGACCGCUUCUACCUAGACAAAGGUGACAAUGUGUGCAGAAGAUGUAGUGAAGGCUGCAGGAAAUGUAGUGCAUUCCACCACUGUACAGAAUGCAUGUCAGGUUGGAGGUUGCAGGGAGCAAAGUGCGUCUUAAACUGUGAAACUGGAACUUACUUUGAUUCCCAGAGCAGGGAAUGUGAGCGGUGUCCCUUGUCUUGUACAGCUUGUGCAGGACCACGGCAAGAUUCCUGUACACAGUGUAUUGCAGAUUAUUACUUGGAGGAAUGGAGAUGUGUGUCAAGCUGUAGUAGCAUUGGUUACUACAUGGACCAGCCAUCUGAAUAUGGAGAAAAGACCUGCAGGAGGUGUGAUCCGAGCUGUUUAACUUGUAUUGGGCAUGGUGAAAGGAACUGUAGCUCCUGUCGCACUGGAUACAACCUUGAGGGGGGAGUCUGUGUGGUUGGCACCGUUUGUAAAGAUGGUGAAUAUAUUGAUGAUGCAGGGAAGUGCCACCACUGUCAUUCCCGUUGUGUUAAAUGUUCUGGCCCAGGCAAAGAUGAGUGUAUUAGUUGUGCUGUUCCAAGGGUCUUAGACAAUGGUAUUUGCGCCACAACCUGCCCCCCUGGUAAGUUUGUCUAUAAUGGCCAGUGUCACCCAUGUCAUCACACCUGCAAGGAAUGUGUUAGAGGGGAACCUAAUGACUGCACGUCUUGUGAUAAAGAUAAAUUCAGGAUUGAUCGUUACCUUUUUAAAGGAGAAUGCAGAGAAUAUUGCCCUUCAUUUUAUUACCCAGCAUCUGAUCAAACCUGCAAGGUGUGCUCCAGUAACUGUGAGGUGUGCGUGAGUAACACAGACUGUAAAAGGUGCUCCACUGGCUACUACCUCACAAAUGAAGGAUGCCAAGAGUUAAAAUGUAAAGAUGAUGCAUUUACAGAUCGCCAACAUGAAGAAUGUGUGCAGUGUGAAACAGGAUGUGAGAAAUGUUUAUUAGAUGAUCCAACAAAAUGUAAAUCAUGUACAGCUGGAUUCUACAUGUUUCAUCAGCGGUGUUACUCAAGAUGUCCAUCUAAAACCUAUGAAACAGAAGACACAAUGGAAUGUAAGGCUUGCAAUGAGAAUUGCACGCAGUGUGAUGAUACUCAGUGCUAUUGGUGUGAAACUGGCUUCUUCUCUUCAGAUUUAAAAUGUGUAACCACCUGCACAUCUGGUUACUAUGGCAACAAAGAUAGUGCCACGUGUGACGUUUGCCCUCCUGCAUGCAGCACAUGCCAUGGUCCUGUCCUUAAUGAAUGCGAUUCCUGCAAAGAUCCUUUCAAAUUUCAAGAUGGUAUGUGCAUCUUACCUUCUUCGGAAGUCUGUGAAGAUGGACGCUACUGGAAUGCUUACGAAAAUGACUGUCUUCGCUGCAGUGACCUGUGCAAAACAUGCACAGGAGAGGGAUGGAAUGAAUGCACCAGUUGUCCUCCAGGACUGUAUCUUGCAAACAAUGCAGUUUGUGUCACGAGCUGUCAAAGUCAGACCUUUGCAAAUUCAAUUACUGCAAAGUGUGAGCGAUGUGAAGAAGGUUGUGAGAUCUGUUCAGUAAACAAGACUAACUGCCAGAGAUGUAUUACAAUACCACAACAGCCUCGUUACCUUUAUAUGGGGAGGUGUCUAAGUGACUGUCCACAAGGACAUUUUAAAAGCGCUGGUUAUACCUGUGCAAAGUGUGAUGAUGCCUGUCAACGAUGUGAAGUUAGCCCCACAAACUGCCAGUCCUGUGUCAAGCCCUUCAUUCUGGAGAACAAAAGUUGUCAAAUGAAAUGCUCCAGGCAAUAUUAUGCUCAUUCAGAUGGACUUUGUAAACGCUGCCCAAUGAACUGCGAAGAGUGUAAUGGAAAUAGUUGUACAGAAUGCAGCAGAUAUUUUUUCUUUCACAAUGGAACAUGUUUGGAGGAUUGUCCCCGAGGAUGGUUUCAAAACACGCAAACCUUUACAUGCAGUUUGUGCAACUCCAAAUGUUCAGUAUGUGAUGGUCCAGACUCUGAUGACUGUGAAGAAUGUGCUGAUCCUCUUUCAGUUAUGGAUCAAGGGCAGUGUUUGGACAGCUGCCCUGAUGGAACUUACAUUGACGUGCAUACUAAAGAUUGUCAGGAGUGUGAUAAGUCAUGUAACACGUGCAAUGGACCUCAUUCAACAGACUGCAUUCAAUGUAGGAAUGGAUUUAUAAAAAACCAUCACGGGAACUGUGUAAUGCACAAGGACUGUGCUCUGAAUAUGUAUAUGGACCAGAUCUGUCGGCCAUGUCACAAGAAAUGUCGCCGCUGUUAUGGACCCACAGAUAAUGAUUGUCUCAGCUGCACACCAAAUCAUUUUUUACUCAAUAAGACAUGUGGAGACUCUUGUCCUGAUGGAUACUACACAGAUCGGCAGCAUUGCUACGCUUGCAACAAAGGCUGUGAGACUUGCAGUGGGCCAUUAAAGACAGACUGUCUAGCCUGUAAAUCGGACUGGUACAAGCUGGAAUCAAUCUGUGUCAAGACCUGUGGAUCUGGACGUUAUGGGGAUCCAUUGGAUGGAAUUUGUAAAAACUGUCAUCGUACCUGUAAAGAAUGUUGGGGGUCAGGUAUAGCUGAAUGUCAGACAUGUGCAAAUCAUCAUUUCCUGUUGAAAUCGGAUGACAAAUGCUAUAAAAAAUGUCCCAGACAAUACUAUGAAGAAGGAUUGGAGCAGACCUGUGAAAGGUGCCACCCUAGUUGCAAAACUUGUGAUGGCGAAGGACCUAUUCGAUGUACUUCCUGCUUUUGGGGCUUCAAGAUGAUUGGAAGCAUCUGCAGUUCUCAUUGUUUUGCUGGGGAAUACUUGAUCUCAGAGGAUCCAGAAACACUGUGUGAUAAAUGCGACAAUACUUGUCUGGAAUGUAAAGGGCCAGGACCUUUCAACUGCACAGACUGUCACCCAAAUCUCUUGAUGAAUCUCGAAGGGGGCAACUGUUUAAAAUGCUGCAGAGCUGUUUUGCCAGAUGUUGAAAGCUGCUGUGAUUGUGAAAUGAAAUUUGAUGAAUGCAUUUUGAGAGCAGUUGUGGUUCCAGACAGCAAACGGGCAACAGGCAAACCAGCUUUAUUUGUCACUGCUUCAGUUCUGCUCAUUUUGUGUAGUGGUGUUGGUAUAUUCUUUCUCCUGAAGUCUCGUUCAAAAACAAAGCAUACUAACAGAGCCGGCUACGAGAAACUGGCCAAUCAACCCAAAUCCACUCCAAUUUAUAAUGCUUGCAAGGACAGUAUUAGUUUUCAAGAUAAUCAAGCAAUGGACUAUAUGGAUCAUCAGGACGAAUUACAUGAUGAAGAUGAUGAUGAUGACAUUGUCUACAUGGGGCAGGAUGGCACUGUUUACCGUAAAUUUAAGUAUGGCUUGCUAGAGGAUGAUGAAGAUGAACUAGAGUAUGAUGAUGAAAGCUAUUCCUUUCGAUAAAGGAAUGCUAAUUACAUUGCUUUACAGUACCUUGGAGAAAUUCUGUACUUACUCCAGGCACUCAUACUGAAGAUACUGUAAAGCAACAUCUGUGAGUGAGACCAAUGCAUCCCAAUACAGACAACCAUGACGUGUGUUAUUGAAGUUGGCCCCUAUCAUGAUUUUCAAAUAACCAUAUUCCUGCAUAUCUGUGCAUGUUUGCUCUAAUAAUAUUUUAAAGUAUUAAAGUGUUGAUAAGAUUGAAAUCAUAUAUUAAGAGCAAGUCAACUAUGGUGCUCCAUUGGAAGAUUUUAAACAAUGUAAAUUCCCCUCAGAUUUCAAACCAUUGUUUCUGCACCAAAAGAUACUCCGAAAUUCACCCGUUUCUCAAUUUGGUGCACGGACUUUUUAAACGAUAUUAGAGCGAUAUUAGCCACCAAAAAUAUUGAUACAAUUCCAAAUACAAAACCAUGUUCUUCAAUUUUUCUCUUCCACAUGCCUCCCAUCAGCCAUUUAGAUUUCCAAAAUCCAGAUCUCCGAAGUGUUACUGCUUAUAGUGAAAUAUAGCAAUUGAACGAGUUUUUAUAAAUUAUGCUUAUAGAUAAUACACACGAGCAAAUAAUGACUAUGCUAUAUCUUUAAAAUGUAUUAAAAUUUAAAUUGAAUGUUAUUCAGUAUACUAUCAUUUUUAUUUGUGUGAUUUACGUUUUAAAGAAUUUACAAAAGCCCUUUUUUUUCUCUCUCAGGUGUAAGAAAGUUACUUUAAAUUUCCAGAUUUUUUAAAUUAUUUCUUCAAAUCUGGUUAUUAGAUUGGAAUUUCAGAUAUCUUUUUAAUAAUGUACAAACAAGUGUUUUUGGAUUAAGUUUCAUCUAUAAGCAAUAAAGCCUCUGCCAUCACUUUAUCCCACACAACUAUCAAAACAUACUGAAGCUGAAUGUGACAAGAAGAGUCUGUUUAUAUUAUGCAUACCAGCACACAUGCUAUAGAGAAAUGGCAAUGUAAUUUGCAUUACCUUUGUCUGGAGUUCUUGUUCAGUAAGAUUAAAUACAGAAGCCAUUAUUUUAUUACUGCAGACUAAAACAUUGAAGAUAUGUUAAAUUUGGAACUACAAUAAUUAUUAUCAAUUAACAAUAAAUGAUAUUUGUAAUCUGUGGGAUUGGGGUUGGUAGGUUGCAAAGGACAUAUUAAAAGAUGAAAUAUUACUUGUUAGAAUGUACUAAUAUUCAUAACUGUUUAUAGUAACCAAAGCAGACAGCAAGAAUUUCAGAUUUACAAAGCAAAUCUGUUCAGAAUAGUAACAUAAAUUGUAAUAAUAAUUAAUGGUUUAAACUGUUGCAUUCUUUAUCUGUUAUUUGCUGGUAUAGAAAAUGAAAUAAACAAUUGCAGAUGAUUGGAAAAAAUAUCCAUCCAUUGGUUAACUACAAAUGAAUGGCAGAUGUGGUUUUACUCAAUUUUAUGGUAUUACACCUUGGUAAUAAUGCAAGGGGACAAAAUAAUUACUUUUUUUUAAAAAAAAAAAUCCUCAAUAUAAAAUCUACGUUUUUUUACCCUAUAAUCUAUGUUAUCCAGUGUCCAUUCAGUGUCACUGAGCUGACAACUCGAAUCAAAAACCUUGCUUUUUAGUUUCCAAUACAAUUACCUGACAUGCAACUUACAAUUAGUACGUUCUGCAGACUGUUAAUAAUACUUGCAGAAAUUUGAAAAUUGCAAAUGCUUUUCAUAAUCCUGGUAUUGAGUAUUGCACUUAAAUUUAAGAUAGAAUUAUGAACAAAAUGUUAGAAAUGCCCAGCAUUUUCUGUUAGUUCCAAUUUCAUGAAUGUCUUUUGCUUCAGAUUUUCAUAAGUUUCUGGAUUAUGAUAAUUCACAAAAAAAAGCAUUGAUAUUGUUGGGAACUAAUUCAUUCAUUAGUUUUUCAUGGUGUAUUGUGUUGGCAACAACUGAUGCUUAUGAAAAGGAAAUAAAAGCAGGGUAUAAUUAGAUUACAUUUCUUGUUUAAAAAUAUCUUUAUUUUCAUAUUGAACUAAAUUAUGUACAUAUUGAGCAUAUGAAACCCUAAUUGGUGAGGAUUUAAGACAUCAUUGAUUUUUAAAAAUGGUUAGAAUAUUUCAUUUCACCGUAGGGAACUUAUUCAACCAAAUGCGGUUUGCUAUAAUUUAAAUUCAUGUAUUGCAUUUAAUGGCCAGAUCACUGCUUUGUUUAUGAAACGUGUUUGGUUGAUCAAGGGCCCAUGUUUUGCUCAUGAACAGAUACUAGUUUUUGAAUGGAAAUUUAAUUGUAUCAGGUUAGACUAGCUUGACUGAAUUAAAUAAUAAUUUCAUAAUUUGUUGGUGUAACCUCACAAUUCAGUUACUGUGUACUACAGCAAACUCAAACAAAUCUUGGAAAUGGGAAACCUAUUCAUCAAUAUGAUUUUAAUAAAUAGUGUUGCUUUAAUUAAUCAGUCUGUACAAAUUUGUACCACUCGGGGUUAAAAGAUUUCUUAUGUGUGAUUGAAUUUUGAUUUGCUUGCUAUAAUUUACUGAUGUGAUGACACUUAUGUUCUUUGUGAUGACAGAAUAAAAGUAUGCUUUAUACAGAU